CACCAAUCUUGCUACCAUACAAAAAAAGUGAUCAAGGUUUAUCACAAUCAACAAGGCUGCUGACUAAUCCGCCAUUAAUUUUCCGUCGCAACUCAAGCUUCACUGUUGAGCUCCGUGUAUAUUUAUUAGGUAUUCACUUAACAGCUUCUUUUCUUCUCAACUUCACUCAAAUAAACCUACAAAACGGGGAUAUUAAUUCCGACUCUCGCCAAGUAUAACAAUAUGUCAGGUGCAAGACAUUGGUAAAUAAUUUCUUUUCCUUUCUCUAAACUCGACUUUCCAAUUCCUCACUCCCAAGUUCAAAACCUCGAAAUCUACAAAAAGCUGACUAUGGCUCCUCGUGAAAGGGAACAAGACAAGGAAGCCACCGUCUAUAUUGGCAAUAUCGAUGAGCGCGUUACUGAUAGCUUGGUAUGGGAAUUGAUGUUACAAGCUGGUCGUAUUGUCAAUGUACAUUUACCCAAAGAUCGCGUCACUCAGAAUCAUCAGGGUUAUGGAUUUGUGGAAUUUAUAUCAGAGGAGGAUGCUGAGUAUGCGGCGCGCAUUAUGAAUCAAGUGAGGUUAUUUGGGAAACCAAUUCGUGUUAACAAGGUUCGUUUUUGUCCUCACUUGUCAAGACUAGGGAGAGUAUACUAACUGGGGAAAUAUAGGCCUCUGCCGAUAAACAGAAAACUGUCGAAGUUGGCGCCGAGCUCUUCAUUGGUAAUCUUGAUCCUAUGGUUGAUGAAAAGACCCUAUACGAUACCUUCUCCCGCUUUGGAUCACUCAUUUCUCCUCCCAAAAUUGCUCGCGACGAAUCAUCCCUCUCUAAAGGUUAUGGUUUCGUUUCAUAUGCGAACUUCGAAGCUUCCGAUGAUGCUAUCGCAAACAUGAAUGGUCAAUACCUAAUGAAUAAAGAUAUCUCGGUACAAUACGCAUACAAGAAAGAUGGUAAAGGGGAAAGACACGGAGAUGCAGCUGAGAGAGCAUUGGCGGCUCAAGCAAAGAAGCAUAAUGUUAUUCCAGAUUUACAAAAUAUGCCACCGGGAUUAUUAUUGGGUAUGAAUGGAAUCCCACAAGCACCAGCAGCCAUGUUAAAUGAAUCCCCGAUACCUACCGCACCCCCAGGAUUCCCACCUCAACGGCCAUCUUACAAUUCUGUCCCUCCUCCAGGCGGCCCACGCGGCCCGCCAGCAGGACCAACCCAACACCUCCCGCCCCCUCCAUCUGGUCUUCCCCAACGACCACCUCCAUCACACGCCGGCUAUGGUGGGCCUCAAAUGGAUUUCCACAAUCAACAUGCUCCACCCACUGGUCCAAGUGGUGCAUACGGCCAUCCUGCAACUGGGCCUGUACGAGGAGUACAAUUUCCACCUGGAUUUGCGCCACCCGGGGGUAUGCAACCUCCUAUACAAGGAGGAAUGGUUCCUCCGCCGGGUCUUUUGGGUAUGCAGGCACCUCCUGGAUUUGGUGGACAACAGGGGAUGCCGAUGGGUAUGCCACCGACGGGAGCGCAAGGUCAUGGAGGACAGCCUGGCUAUGGAAGGAGGUGAAGGUUGGGUGCUGGGCAGAAGUGUAUUUUAAAUAGUAAACCGUGGACACAGAGGGCGUUAUAAAUGUAAGAUUGGGACCAGCAAAGUCAGGGCAAGAAGCGAGCGGAAUUCAGGAGAAAAGUAAAAUACCACGAAAUCAAGCUAGGCUCGGGUGAAGGAUAUAUCAGGCGUUUACGGCGUUCAAAGGGGUGAGUGACCUUAAAUUACACAUUCAUCUAAUGCGAGGUUAUGGACCUAGCAUUAACAUCUUUCACAGCUAGCUCAGCUCCAGCCUGCUCCCUGCUCCCUGCCAUGAGUAGGAUAGAAAUGCUAUAUUAGCAUAUAUGUUGCAUGAUGUAUACCUAAUUGCAGCGAGUCAAUUCCCUAUGAUAUCAUAUCUCAUAACAUAACAUCAUCAAAUUACA